GAGACGUAAGGAAUUAUCAGUCGACUGCUCCCUAGGCAUUCCCAUUAUAAAAUUCCCCCCUUUUUUUGCGGGGACCUUGAAUCUUGCUCGACAAAAUCGCAGGAGCUCUGAACUAAUGUGUGUGGACCUGCCGGCGGCGCCGCGGCGGCUCUGGUUCUGAUCUCCGGAGAUGGACGCGGUGAGGACGCAGGCCGUCCCGGCCUCUGGCGCGCUGCAGGCUUGGUCGGCCCGCGCCGGCGUCUCCGGCGAUGUGGGGAUGCUCAGCGCGGCCCUCGAGGGCGCCAGGCGGGUGCUCGGCGCGGCGGCGGCGGCGGGCGAGCUGCGGAACAAGCCCCUGGAGGGGUUCCUCAAGGAGGUCCGCCGCGAAGUGUUUCGGGCGGACACACUGCUGGACGAGCUGGACUACUACCGCCUCCGGCAGGAGCAAGAGGCGGAGGCUGCCGGUGCCGGCGAGCAGUUUGUGAACAGCCUUAUAAACCAAGUGGAACAUGGAGACUGUGCCCAUGGCAGCAAUUCUGAUCCAUUUCAGCAGAAACACACUAUUGUUGAUCCAUCAGCCUUGGAUUCAUCUAAACUUCAGCUUGUCAUAUACAGUGUCAAUGGAAAUUCUUGUGUGCCAUGGAUGGAACUAGAUAAGAAUGACAUCUCAUAUAGGAUAUCAGAAAGUGUCAAUCAACUCAAUGAGAUGCAACGUGACGCACGCAAGGCACUCAAAAUUGAGGAGCUGGACUUCCUUGCUCUCAGAAUGGGCUCUUCAGACAUGGACUUCAGGGAGACAACUCCUUUUGUUAUUGAACCCAAAAUUUAUGGGAGGGACAAAGAGCAUAAUCAUAUAAUCAACAAACUUAUGUGUAGUGAAACGGAGGAUGAAGAUAUAUCGGUUUUCGCCAUUGUCGGAAACGGCGGUGUUGGCAAAACCACCUUAGCUCGUUUGGUGUAUAAUGAUGCUAUCAUUGCAAGGCAUUUUAUACUACGGUUGUGGAUCUAUGUUUCUGUUAAUUUUGAUGAAGUUACGCUUACACAUGAUUUGUUAGAAUGCUUGUAUGGUGAUAGAUUUGAGGGAAUUGAGGACUUGGACAAACUCCAAAAGUUUGUUGAGGAUAGUGUGAAGUCCAAAAGGUUACUACUUGUUAUGGACGACAUAUGGGGAGACCAUGACACAAGUCGAUGGGACACAUUCCUAGCUCCACUUCGUCACAGUGAAGUCAAGGGAAAUAAGAUUUUGGUAACCACAAGAAAAUUUUCUGUUGUUAGAAUGACAGGUGCAAAGGAUGAAAUUAAACUGGAUGGUCUAACAAAAGAGAAUUUUUGGGCUUUAUUCAAGGAAUGUGCAUUUGGGAACAGGAAAGAUCAACUGAAGCUAGUAUAUAUUGGGCGUCAGAUAGCAGCGAAAUUGAAGGGAUAUCCUUUGGCUGCUAAAACUGUUGGAACACUAUUAAGGAAAAAACUUGAUGUUGAGCAUUGGAGGAAAGUUCUAGACAGCAGUGAAUGGAAAUAUCAAGAAAACGAUGAGGACAUCAUACCAGCAUUGAGGAUUAGCUACAACCAUCUGCCCGUCUGUCUUCAACUGUGCUUCUCAUAUUGUUCAUUGUUCCCUAAGAAUUACCAUUUCAACAGUGAACAAGUGGUGAAUUUAUGGAUUGCACAUGGUUUUGUUUGUCCCAAAGGAAACAAAAGAAUAGAAGAUGUAGGAUACGAGUACUUCAGUGAGCUCGUGGACUGUGGGUUUAUUCAAUAUGAACCAACAAGGCUCACUCACAUCAUGCAUGAUCUAAUUCACGAUCUAGCACAGAUGGUUUCUUCUGAUGAAUGUUUUACUAUAGAUGCUCUAGGAUCUAGAGCAACACCAAAAUUUGUUCGCCAUGUCAGUGUUGUUACAGAGUCAGCGUAUCGUCCAGAAGGAGAUGGCAGCAUGUCUCCUAAUGAACCUUUCAAAAAGGAAUUUGUUGAAGCGAUUGGCUCAUUCCAACCCAAGAAUGUGGGCACAAUUAUGUUGAUUGGUCGAUAUGACUUAAACUUUUCUGAAGCAUUUCGAGACAAAUCCGAUGAGUUCAGAGCCAUUCGUGUAUUAAAACUGGAAUUGAUGUUUGAUGGUUUGAGUUCUUUAAUAUGUAACCUUGCAGCAUUUAUUCAUCUUCGUUAUCUGGAGCUGCGUGCUGCUUACGCAAAUUCAAAUUUGCAGUUGCCAGAGUCCAUAUGUAGAUUGUACCAUCUACAGGUUCUUGAUAUCAAUAUAAAACAUAAUUGGGGAUCUCGUGUGAAGUUACCAAGAGGGUUGAACAAUCUUGUAAACUUGCGUCACUUUCUUGCCUUUGAGAAUUUACAUGCAAAAAUCGCUGCUGUUGGGAAAUUGAAAUUUCUUCAAGAACUCAAGGUCUUCAAAGUAAGGAAGAACAAAGAAUUUAGUAUAGAUCAAUUAAGCACUCUAAUAGAGCUCAGAGGAUCACUGAAAAUAUAUCGUCUUGGAAAUGUUGAGAGCAAAGAGGAGGCUAUGAUGGCUAGGCUUGAGGACAAGGUAUACUUGAGCAAGUUACACUUAUCAUGGGAUAAAUUGCAAGACGAUGCUGCUUCUCACACAGUAGUACUUGAAGGACUUCGACCACCCACAAGCCUCAAAUUUCUCAGAAUUGAUGGACAUAGAGGUGCUGCUCCCAAAUGGUCAACCACAGAUUUUACACUUACAUGCUUGCAAUCUCUUCAUUUGGAGCGUUGCCAGGACUGGGUAGACCUCCCACCUAUUGGAAACUUGCCAUUCCUUAAAGAGUUGCACCUGGUUCGCAUGUUUAAAAUCAAAAAAUUGCUAAUUGGUCCCCUGGAGGUGUUGGAGCUACGUGAGCUGCCUCGAUUGACAGAGUGCACUGUUUUAGAUGAAGAAUACCCAUCUAAAAGUAUACGGGUUCUUGAAAUUGUGUCAUGCUAUCGCUUGAGCAAGCUGCCGUUUUUACAAAAUUCCAUUAACGUUGAGAAUGAGCAACGAUUACCAAAUCUCCACCGAGUUCAGAUACAUGACUGGCUAGAAUCCGAAGACUUACCAGCACUUCCUGUCACCAGAGAAUUAACUGAUUUGGAUAUUUCAAAUGCUGGCUCAGUUCGAACCAUGUCAUUCCGUCUCAAGCAUGCAGUUGGAUCAGAUGGGCUGACCCUAAUGAUUAGUGGCGGUGGCGACCUAAGCAGUUUGGAUGAGAAAGUGUUGGCAUUCAAUAAUCUUACUGCUUUAGAAGAAAUAGAAAUUAGAAGCUGUCCAGAUCUAUCUUAUCUUGCAUGGAAUAGCUUACAGGAGUUGGCAUUCCUAAAAAGGUUGACAUUGUCUUCUUGCCCCAAGGUAUUCUCUUCAUUUGCAACUAGAUACAGGCUGCCACCUUCACUUGAAGAUCUGAACUUGUCAGCGUGUGAUAUUACUGGGAAUCAACUAUCUUGGGUGCUGGCUAAUCUUCCCAAUCUGUCGAGCCUGAAGAUCGCAUACUGUGAUAAGAUAUCCUCACUGGCUGUAGGCUUAUCAUCCAAUGAUAUUGAUAAACUGCCAAAAGGCAUAUGUUGCAUCCCGAUUAACUGUUUGACGAGCAUACAACAGUUGCACAUCUCCUCUGACAUGGCUUUUUUAAGCAGGAAAGGCCUAGCAGAAUUUGUCUCCCUUAAAGAAUUGGUUAUAAAAGGUUGCGCCAAGCUUCUUGCCUCCAUGGUUCUCCAAGCAGGAUUGGAGUCAAAUGAUAGUAUACUUCUUCCCCCUUCAUUGCUAAAUUUAAGGAUUGAUGAUUUGCCCGGAAAGCUGUUGCAGCACUCAAGACUCACCUCCCUUGUUCAGCUAGACUUGGAGCAGAGUCCUAGUUUGACAUCAGUUAACCUGCAUUCCUGCACAGCGUUACAGAAAUUAUCAAUCAAAGAAUGCCAUUCGGUAGCUUCAUGUGAAGGUUUUCAGUCCCUUGCUUGUCUCACCACAAUGAGUGUAAGGUACAGCCCAAGCAUGAUGUAUUUGGGGCUGCAGUCUUGCGUGGGAUUGCGACACCUGCAUGUUGAAGGUUGCAACACAUUGUCUACACUUGAGAGCUUAGUGUGCCUUCCACUACUUGCGGAGUUGCAUCUAAUCAAGAACCAAAAUUUGGUUUCUCUCAAGUUGCAUCCUGAUGCUGCACUGGAGAGCUUGAACAUUAGAGAAUGCUCUACAUUGUCUUCAUGGGAGCACUUGAAGUCCCUUGGACGUCUUAAAAAAUUGGAAAUCCGAUAUGCUCCUGGCUUCGUGUCAGCAUGGAACCGUAUUGCAAAAAAGGCUGAAAUCGCUGGCCAAGAGUUGUGCUUACCCCUUCAGACACUUCAUAUUGAUGGCCCCGGUUUUCUCACAAUGGCCGUGUGUAGGCUCCUAGCUUCUCUUAAGGAGCUACGCAUUGGUAUCACUCAGGAUUUUGAUAAUGUGGACUGCCAGAUUAGGAGAUUCACUGAUGAGCAGCAGGAAGCGCUACCACUUCUGCUCUCACUCCAACGUCUUGAGCUGUUGUCCAUGACGGAUCUUCAGAUGCUGCCCUCAGAGUUGCAUCGGCUUCCCUCUUUGCAGCAUUUGAUUAUAACAAAUUGCGAGAGCAUCAAGUCACUACCACAAAAGGGCCUUCCAGCUUCACUCAAGCUUCUCGAUGCCGCUAAAUGUAGCCCAGAACUAUAUGAAAAAUGCAAACAUGUAAGAGGCCUCCAAUGGUUGUACAUCAAUGGACGUAAGCAAGAAAAGUGCUAGCUUGUUUAUGUGGAGAUUUUCCUAUUUUUUUGAAGAACUCAUGGACUUUUUGUCUAGUGCUGCGCGUACCGAUAAGGAUUCCAAAAGCAGAACACAAUCCUUCGGAAAAUCAGUGGCCUACUGGCUUAACUUUCCAGGGAGAAGCAUCAGUUAUCCUGAAGAUGCGUCGGGUGUUCCGACAGAUUCUACAAUGUAUCUAUCACCAUUCCGACGUUGUGUCCUCGUUUGUCAUCACAGCUAAUAUCAUCUUAAAUAAUUAAUAAUUAAGAAGAUCAGUUCCACUAUCGUAUUUCUCUCAACAUGCAGCUAGGGGUGGAAACGGAUCCGGAUUUGUAUUUGCUUUUUGUAAAACGGAUCCGGAUAUUUACCAUAUCCAUUUCUACAGACGUCUGGAUUCGGAUGA